AUGCCAUCGGAUGGUGCAGCCUUGGUUGGUCAUAUUCAUAAACUUCUUCCUGAAAUUCUUCACAUAUUUCAAUUUCGUGAAAAUGUGGAAAAGGCCCUUAUUUCUUCAUAUAAAAUGAUGCAAGAAUAUGAUUGGGAAGGAUCUGUGUACUUGAACACAAAUUUUCCUAAAUUAGGAAAGUGGUUGUUUGGAUAUAAAUAUGAAAAAAGCACUAGUGAUAAAGUGAAACCACAAAGUUUAUUAGAAUCAACAAUGGUUAUUUUUGGCGCUCCUUAUUCUUUUUUUCUAAAGAAUAGACAUUGUUAUGCUCUUCCAGAAGUAACAUAUGAAAACCUGGUUUCAAAACCAGAAGGCACUCUUAGUGCUGUUUUUGAUGUCUGCGGUAUUUCAAAAUUACUUAUUCCAGAAGCAGUGACUGCAUUGAAUAGAGAUUCGCAAGCUGGUACUAUGUUAAGUAGAGAUAAAAUGGCACAAGUGAAAAAUCUUGAACUUACCGCAUUGGAUCGAAAAAAACUAAAUGAAUUAGUGAAAAAAAUGGAAUUACCUGAAUCUUUAUUUCAUUUCUAA